CCUGAGCUCAGGUGGUUGUGGAAGGGACUGUGCACCUGGCAGCCUAGGUGGCUCUGAAGGCACUACCUGAGCUUAGAUCACAAAUGCCGGAUAUGAUUUCAAAUGUUGUUGCUUUAUGUAUAGAAGAGGCAAUGACCCGAAUGACUGGUCUGAGGGGACAGUAUGCCUGCAGAACUCAGGUACAAGUGGACACGGUACCUUAUGUCUUGUGUGUUGUGUGUGUUGAUGUGGACCUUGGUGUCUCAGAUGUGUGGGGUGGUGUAUCUUGAAGGCAGUGAAUUGCCCUGUCUCAAGUACAUGUUUGAGAGGCUGGUAUGUGGCAGUAAGACUGGGUGUUUUAUGGCAACAUACUGGAACAUCGCAGAUGUGAGAAGACACUUAUCUGGGUGUCUCAGGCAUCUUUUGCAGCAUAUCUGGAGGUCUCAUUGGGUGUGUGUGUGUGUGUUUCAGUGUAUCUGGGUGUGGGAGGCAGUGUGCCUUCAUGUGUGUGCACACACGUGUAUGUGUACCUGCAUGUCUGAGGUGUGAUGUGGUGAGUAUAUCUGGGCAUCUCUGGUGUGGAUAUGGUAGGUCAAAAUGUCUCAUGUGUAUAUAGGUAUCUCAGGUGUAUAUGAGUGAGUGUGCAGUGUCUGUAGUGCAGACCGCAGGUGUGAAAGGACAGUGUCUCUGGGUGUCCUUGUCCUAGGGGUACAGGGGCACUGUGCCAUAGUAUCUCAAGAGUGAGCAGGGCAACAUACCUGUAGUCCGCAGUGCUCAAAUCUCAGGUGUGAGGAGGGCAGGUUUCUCAGUGGUGAGGCGGGUAGAGGACCUCAGUCUCAGGUAUGAAGAGUCUUCUUCCUGGGGUUUGUGUGUGUGAGUGGCAGGAUACCUGGCUGACUCUGAUGUGUCCCUCCUUCUUUACCUGAGUGUUUCUGAUGGGUUGAGGGUGGAGCUGGUGACCAUGACUCUGGUGUCUGAAUGUCUCAGGUGCCAUCCCUGGGAGAGUGUGCCAUCCCUAGGAGUUCCUUUCCCAGAUAUGCUCCCAGAGGCGGGCUCCCUGUGGCUGCUGAGGCUACUCCGGGACAUCCAGCUGGCCCAGUUUUACCGACCCAUCCUUGAGGAGCUGAAUGUUACUCGGCCGGAGCAUUUCGACUUUGUAAGACCUGAGGACCUGGACAGCAUUGGCAUGGGCCGGCCUGCCCAGCGCAGACUGGCUGAAGCUCUGAAGAGGCACUGUUCCAGGCACAAGCCUAAGAACUGGGUCUACAAGAUCCUUGGGGGGUUUGCCCCUGAGCAGAAGGAGACCACACCACCCUCAGACAGCCUUCCAUCCCUCCGUGAGCCAGAGGGGGGACUCAAGUGUCUGAUUCCAGAUGGUGCUGUGUGCAGAGGGGAGCUGCUGGGCUCUGGCUGCUUUGGUGUGGUGCACCGAGGGGUGUGGACACUGCCCAGCGGCCAGAGUGUCCCAGUGGCUGUCAAGUCCCUCCGGGUGGCUCCUGAAGGCCCCGUGGGCACAGAGCUGGGGGACUUCCUGCGAGAGGUGUCCAUCAUGAUGAACUUGGAGCACCCACACUUGCUUCGUCUGCACGGACUUGUACUGGGCCAGCCUCUGCAGAUGGUGAUGGAGCUGGCGCCGCUGGGCUCCCUGCACGCGCGCCUGACAGCUCCGGCCCCAACACCCCCGCUGCCCGUGGCCUUGCUCUGCCUCUUCCUGAAGCAGUUGGCGGGGGCCAUGGCGUACCUCGGGGCCCGCGGGCUAGUGCACCGGGACCUCGCUACGCGCAACCUAUUGCUGGUGUCACCGCGCAUGAUCAAGGUCGCCGACUUCGGGCUGGUGCGGCCACUGGGCGGUGCCCGGGGCCGCUAUGUCAUGGGCGGGCCCCGCCCCAUCCCCUAUGCCUGGUGUGCUCCAGAAAGCCUGCGCCAGGGGACCUUCUCUUCUGCCUCAGACGUGUGGAUGUUUGGGGUGACGCUGUGGGAGAUGUUCUCUAGGGGCGAGGAGCCCUGGGCGGGCGUCCCGCCAUACCUCAUCCUGCAGCGGCUAGAGAAGGACCAGGCCCGGCUGCCUAGGCCUCCUCUCUGCUCCAGGGCCCUCUACACCCUCGCCUUGCGCUGCUGGGCUCCCCACCCUGCUGACCGCCCUAGCUUCUCCUACCUGGAAGGGCUGCUCCAAGAGGCCUGGCCUCCUGAGGGGCGUUGUGUGAGGGAAGUCACAGAGCCAGGUGCUUUGAAAAUGGAGCCUGGUGAUCUCAUCACUAUCAUCGAGAGCAGCUCCACAACCUGGAAGGGCCAGAAUGGUCGCACAUUCAAAGUGGGCACCUUCCCAGCCUCCGCAGUGACACUGGAAGAUUUGAGGGCCUCGCCAACCACCCGUCCAACCCACAGAGGCUCCCCUGCCCAGGGAGAACAACGCCGGGGAAGCAUAGAUGGGGACAGAGCAAAGGCAAAGCUUCGGGAGCUGCCUCCAGCACGGGGUCAGAGAAGGAACGCUGUCCCCCUGCAGAGGAUAAAAGGCAUUUCCAAGAGUCUGGAAUCCAUUCUAUCCCUGGGCCCCCACCCCACAGGCGGUGGUUCAAGCCCCCCGGAACUUCGACAUGCCAGAGCUGUGCGCCAGGGACCUCCAGGCCAGCGACCCUGCCCUCCCUUUGCCUCCAGCUCUUCUCAGCCCAGCCAGUCACCCAGAGAGUGGCCUCCUGGGCCCAAAAGAGAACCCCAGCAAAAUCACCCCAUGGGAACGCCUGGAGCCAGCAAAGCCACCAUCCCCUCUGGAGGCCUCUUGUCUGACUCUGAGUUUCAGAGGAGGGUUAUGGAGGUGGAGCUAAGAGUGCAUGGAGUCACCCACCAGGAGUGCCAGGUGGCACUAAGAGCCACUGGGGGAGAUGUGGUUUCUGCCAUACGGAACCUCAAGGUAAAGCCAGAGCCUUCUCUUGGGUUCCUACCUCUCCAGCCCCUGCUCUGUGGGAAUCAGCUGCCCUCCCUUCUGCUUCCACAGGUGGACCAGCUCUUCUACUUGAGUAGCCGGUCCAGAACUGACUGCCGGCGCAUCUUGGAACAUUACCAGUGGGACCUCUCAGCAGCCAGUCGCUAUGUCCUGGCCCGGCCCUAAGCUCUGCUCCUUUGGGCGUAGACACCAGCAUGCACCAAGGGCCUGACCAUGCGGGACCAAGCAGAACCAGAGCAAGGUCCUGACAGGCAGACUUUCCCACCUGAGGAGAGCCUGCUAUU